AUCUUGAGCACACAUACAUACAUACAUACAUACAUACAUACAUAUGGCUUGUAUGCUGAGCUGCUCUCACGGAGUCGUAAUCGCUACCGCCAUGGUUUUCUCAAGCACUGCUCUGUUUCUGGCGAUUUCCCGCCAAUUCUCUACCAACCAAACAUCAGAUCUCCAUGAUCAACAGAUCCUCCGUUCAUGUCUUUCUUCAGAAGAAAAAAAGAAACAGAGGAAGAAGAGGAAGAAGGUGAAAUUUGCAGAGGAUGUGAAGGAGCCGAAAGGGAACGGUGAAGAGUAUCGCAAGAGAGAGCAUCUCCGGAGAAUCGUACCGGAACCGGUGAUUAAACCGGAGAAGACCGGUUCGGUUUGUAGAAACGAAAUGCCUGCUAAUAGGAUGGCUCUGUACAGUGGGAUUCUUAGAGACAGAGAUCAUAGACUUCAGUGCUCCUGUUGACUUCUUUUUUUUUUUUACUUCUUAGUCAAGAAAAAUGCUGAAAAUAUUAUAAAAAAAUAGUUUUCUUUUAAUUUCGGGAGAAACAUGUCUGUAAGGCAGCAAUUAUUGUAGUAGCUCACUUUUUCCUAUUAGCGUUUCUCUGUGUAUUGUAUGUAAUUUUCUUCUAAAAACCAGUGUAAAUGAUUGAUGUAAACGAUUGAUAUCUAAAAUAGAGCUUUUUACUUUUUACCCCUCUUUUGGUUUAUAAAUAACUCCAUGCUACGCAUUGGUCUAUUUUACUCUCUUUAAAUUUUUUUAAUCAUGUCAUAGUUUUUAGUCAAAAUAAAUUAAUUUUGGCCAAAUAUUCUAUGAAUCUGAAUAACAGUGUCUCAAAUUUCAGGGUUGUAAAGAGGAGUGGGAAGAGCUAAAACAAUAAUUCAUAUUAUAAUAUUACCAAGACAAAUAUUUUAAAAUAUAAAAUAUAUUGAAAAUAUUUUAUUUGAUCUAUUAUUCGUCGAUGGUUAUAUAUGUCUGGAUUGCAAAUAGUAGAUAUAAUUUAAAUUAUUUUCAAAGAGGGUUUCUCACCAUCAAUAAAUCAUGAGAUACUCUGAGUUAAAAUUUUCAUGAUUUUAUGAUAGAGCAAAUUAGCUCAAUAUAUUGAAAAGAGUGGGAUACCAUUGAAUUGAGGGAAAAUGGUAAUGAUGGAGGGAAAAAAAUUGAAGGAAAAUAGGGUAUGGAGUGCAAAUAAGUGGGAAGUUGUGUGUAGGGAGUACAAAUUCUCUUUAUGAUAUCGAACUCAUUUGGUAGUUGAAAUCUGAAACCAAACGCAUGAAUUAGUUGAUUUAUGUAAAUUAUGACACAGUGAGUUUAUAUACCAUUUGCGAUAUCAUUUAGCCAUUGCUUUCCAAGCAUAUUGGAGCAAGUUGGAAAUCUGCUAGUAGAACUUGCGAGUUUGUUUUUAGAACACAUAGCAUAAUACAUGAUUAGUUUAUCUGUAAAUUUUUUAAUUUAUUUGAAUUUGAUUAUGUAAUUAAAAUCAUUUACCAUUGCUAUAGAUUGUGGCUUGACUUUUGGUGUUGCUGUGAAAAUCUCUGUAUUUGUCAGUAUUUCUUCUUCUUUUUUAGGAUUUGGAAUCUUCAUUGUUGAAACUUUGCAGUGAGACCAACAAAGACACAAACCAACAAAGUUUGCACUUGUUACAAAUGCGUCAACGACAAUUUAAUAAUAGAUAAUUGAAAACAUAAUGGAAAAUGUGUGAAGAAAACAAAUAGAUGGGUAUUUUUUGGUUAUGAUGAAUACGAUAUAAACAGUUAUUAGAUCAGAUUUUGUAACUUCUCCCUUAUGCUGAAGAAAUAGUAGAAUACGUACGUGAGUUUGCUUUUCAAGUUUUUUAUUAACAUAGAUUUUUAAUUUUUAUUUGUAAAGCUUUUCCAUGUAUAAAAAUUUUAGUUGUCAUGUGACGUUUAGUAUAUAGAGAAUAUGUUUUAAAAUUUUCAAUUAUUAAUAAAAUAUUAAAUUUUAAUUAUAAGUAUUGUUUUGAUUCACUGUUUCCAAUAACUGUAAUCUAAUCAUAAUUUAUUAAAUUCACUUUUAUGAAUUUUAAAAAUUGUCACUAUUAAUUAAUAAAAUUACACAAAAUUGAAAAAUUGUUUUUAUAAAAAAUAUUUAUAUUAUAAAUGAAAGAAGUACUAUUUUUAGUAAAUAUGAAAUUAGUAAAAAUGAAAAGACUAUUUUAUUCUUACAUUCAUGAAAAAAAGAACUAUAUAUAUUUUUCAAAAAAUAAUUAAAAAAAUAUGUUUUGGUCUUUUGGAUCAACUGUUGGUAAGAGUUAGGAAAAAUAAUAAACAAACUACUAUUAAAUUCAGCCGGUUUUAAAAGUAUUUUUAUAUUGUCAGAUUUAAAUCUAUUUUGGACACAAGUGAUUAUUAUGUUUGUAGAGAGAUUAUGAAGACUAUAAAAUUCUAUAUCCGAACUUGAAAUUUAGAAAACUGUUUUUUUAUAACAAAAAGAAUUGUUAUAUUAUUUAAGUUUGAGAUGAUCUGGAUAACCAACAACAAAAAAAAUUCUAUGAUAAGAUCUAAUGGUUUUAACUAAGAAGUCUAAUGUUUCAUUUUAUCUCAUAGGUAUCCAGAAAUCUAGAAUUUUCUCUUCAAUCUUUAUAUAUUUUUUAACUAUGUUAAGAAAUUUGGUCAUACCUGCAAUUCACCUAACACCGCUAUUAAGUCUUUGCAGUCCGUCCUCAAGUGCUAGUAUAUCGAAUGAAACAACAUGCUUCUUAUUUUUUUACUGUAGCGCUUCCAACUCUGAAUGCAAUGCAAAUUCUUGUCGUUUUUGUUUCUUUGUGCUCAUAAACUGUGUUUUUCCGGUGUUUUCUUAGAAAACUGUUAUUUUUUUGUCGUGAAAUGUUAAAAACAUAUUUAUUCUAUUAAAUUAGGAUCAUGACCUAUUGGCUAUUGAUAUAAGUUUAGUCCAAUAUUUUUCCCACAUGAUCUACUUAAAAAUAACUAUAACUACUUUUUAUUAACCCUCCACUUUAAUCCCAAAAAUAUUGGGAACCAUUUCACUCUAAUGCAUACAUUAGUGGAUGAUUAUAUAUUGAUAAUAUUAAAACUUCCACUUCUAUUGAAUUCACAAUAAAAACAAACUAAACUGAAUGGCCACUAAAAUAAAUUAAGACGGAUGCAUUGUAGAGAAUAUAUAACUGAUGCAUUGUUUGUAUUUAACUGUCCACUUUAUAUGUUUAUACAAAAUUUAUGGACACACAAACUAAUAAUUUUAACCUAUUUCUAAAUAUAAAAUCUUGCACAAGUUCAAAAUUCAGCACUACAAACAAUGUUUAACUUCUUUGUAACAAUGAAAACACAAAUAUGAAAAUUAAUUUUCUAAAUAAAAGUUUAAAACAAAAACUUUAUCCGCCUUUUCAAAGGGCGGGUCAGAAUCUAGUAUGUAAAUUAAAGUCCAAUCACUCAAUCGUUUGCAUAAAGCGAAGAGUAUAGUGCAAGCAUGAGUGUGAAUAUAUAUUCCGAAUAUUCGGCCAACGAAUAAUCAAUAACAUAACUUUUGUCUUUAGCAUUACCAUAUAAAAAGAUUAGAGCUACAACAGAUCAUUCAUUUGAGAUCAUUCAUUUGUACAAUUUAAAAGUCGGUCUCCACAUGUGGGGGGUUUGGUGAACCGGAACAAACCAUAAGGGCCACACUGUCAACGAAACACAGGCGGUCCGAAUCGCAAACUUUGCUGGUAGAUCUAAAACCGAAACCACGUGAUGGUCCACCAAAAACACCACCUUUGGUGUCCACUAACUUUUUUUCAGAUUAAACUAUUGCAAUUAUAUAUGAAAAUUAUAAAAUAUGUUGCAUGCAGUUAAUACCACUAACUCAAUAGUUUACAACUUAUACUCAUUUGAUUUAUUUCACCCAGUUUACCCCCUAGGCUCUAACCGUUACCUAACCUAACAUACAUACCUUUAGCUUUUGAGAAAGUAGUUAAUUUUGCUUUCAUUUGGCAACAAUAUUUAAUUUUGUUUAGUAGUAUUGUAGUGCAAAGGAGGAUAAAACAAAAGUACCAGAAGCACUAAGAGCAUGUUUAUUGCAGGUCUCUUAGGUUGGAUCUCUUAGCAUAAUAUAAGAUACGGUCUCUUAAUUUUUUUAGAGACGUCUCUUAGUUUUUUUAGUUUUAAAGCUAAUAUACUGUAUCUUAUAUAAUGUUAAGAGAUCCAACCUAAAAGAUCUGUAAUAAACAUGCUCUUUAUCGGUCUAAAAGCAAAUAAUUUGACAAUAGUCUGGACACAUGGCUUUCUAGGUCGUUUUACCAACCCCAUUGUGUUUUAUUGGAGAAAAAAAAAACAGAAACAGUUGCAAACCGGUGCAUGGAUCAUGCCUUUGCACGAUCCUCUCUUAAUUUUAUUAUCUUUGUCACUUGUUUUAUUUUUUCAUAUCAAAUAACUAUUUUAUUAUUCCGUUAGUGAUUUGUUAUUAAAGUGAAACAACGUUUAAUAAUAUAAAUAUGAUUUAAGAUCUUUGUCGGAGUUGCUAGCUUAAGACGGUUGCUCUCGUCAACGUGUCAUGAAUUUAUUUGUUCAACUAAUAUAUAAGUCACAACUUUAAUUAUUUUUAAAAAAAUAGACUCUCACUAGAAAUCAGUUAUUAUUCAUUUAGUACUAAUAAUAUAGAUUAAUAAUAUAUCAUUAUUAAUAUAACAUCAACUCCUAAAAACCCGGAUUGGUUAACAAACUCACAUUUAUUCAUGUGUGAUAUUUUUAUUUGGAUCAUCAUUUAAAAUUUGUAUUAAAUGUAUUUCUUUAAUGCUAAUAUAUAAUCUUUUAACUACUUAAAUCAUAAUAUAAUUUGAUAUAUUUUAAUUUAAAAUAUAAAUAUAUAUUUAAUUUUCUUAACAAAUUUAAUGAAAAACAUUACAACAAUAUCUUAAUUAUCAAAAAUUGUAUAUAAAUAUUUUCACUAAAUUUGUAAUUAGUAAUGAAAUUAAUGUUAUUAUAUAUAUAUACUCAUUUAUCUUUUAUAAAAUAAAAAAUUAUAUCAAAUUUUACUAUUUUAUAGUUAUAUCUAUCAUUUUAAAUAAAAUAUUGUAUUUAACUAAAUAUGAUAAAAUUAUUUUAAACUGAUAAAUUAAUAUAAUGUGUUGGUAAAACGGGUUAACAUUAGUAAAUUAGAUAAUUCAUGUAUAAAAUUAACUUAUUUUAAACUUUAUAUAUAUAUAUAUAUAUAUAUAUAUAUAUAUGUAGUUAUUAUAUUAAAUGAAUAAACAUAAAAAAAAUAUUGAUAAAAAAAUUAACGCUUUGAAUUACGGAUCAGGAUCAUAAUAAUUGAAUAAAAAAUAAUUUUAAAAAAUAUAUAAUAAAAAAUACCAAAUAUAUGUGAUGAUUU